AUGGAUCCUCUCAGCAUCACUGCAAAUAUUAUAACGGUCUUGCAUGUCGCCAACUCGAUUAUCUCUGUGUGCUACGAGGUACGGUCAGCAAUCAAGCAGAGCCCCUGGUCUCUUACACGAACCAUCGACGAGCUCAGGGACCUUCGCAACGUUUUGGAAAGUCUCGAAACAGCUUACAAUGCACUCGACCGCGCCAAGAGCGUCGAUGAGACCAGAGUUCGCUCAUUUCGAUUACUGUGUGAUUCUGAGGCGAGUCCGCUAGCUCGAUGCUUGCAGGAGCUCUCAAUGCUAGAGAGAAAGAUCACCAAGAAUGGCAGAGGGACACCAAAGCUGUUUUCCAAAGCACACGCGAUCACACAGGUUAUUGGCUGGCAAUUGAAAGAGAACGAUGCAAGACUGUCGUUGGAGCGAAUUGAGCGUUGCAAGAACACAAUCAUACUUGCCCUCACCGCUGAUGAGACGUAG